GCAAGCGCAACCGUCAGUCGUAGAGAGAGGCGUGAGUCGGAAAUUUGUUGUUUGAGAACUCCUACGCCAGUAAUUAUGUGUAGUAGUUCAUUACAGUCAGUAAACACUGCUACAACUUUUGAUGAUAAUAUUCUCUUUGUAUUUUCAUUCUGGUUAUUAAUUUUUUUGCUGUGACUUCUCCUUUAUAAUUAUCUUCAUAUGAGAAUGAGUCCACAGGAGCUCAUGAAGGAUAAAAAAUUCCCAUCAAAAUCUUUGUCUUCGUUCUUCAACAACAACAUCAAGAAAGUUGCAUUACCGACAAAAAAAACAUGACUUCUACUUCUAGAAAUAGAAGUUGUAGAUUGCCUGCUUUGCUGCGUCAUUUCGUUGCUGCAGCGUCGACGAGUGCCUCGUCUAGCCUCUUGUGUCUACUUCUCAGUGUGGACGAAGGUGCUCACGCAUUCAGAUUAGCUAAGCAGUUAAGGCUCCUACCGCUGAAGCAUCCUCAGGCACAUCCUUCCUUGGCCCUUUUUCUACUUGAAAAACGGAACGAGGUGAUGGACUCAGGGAUGCUCAUGCGGUUGCUCUAACGCAGGACGAGCUGGCGCGAGCUGGCGCUGGAAUGACCGACUGCCGUGAUGCGUGGGCUUCUAUGAUGAUGAUGAGUUGGAGUUCGGAAGACGAAAAGGCUGGCCCUGAAUUCCGGAGAGCACUGCUUUUAUGCUUAAUAUUAGUGGGGGCUGUGUAAAGUAGAAGUAGUUGACAAGAAUAUAGUGCAUUUUCAUUCUUACAACAUUAAGGCAAUAAUAUAAUGCAUUUUCAUUCUUACAAUUCUUAUAAGUUGAUAGAUAAAAAAACCUAACAAAAAAAAAAUCUAUAUUAUUAAUCUAUAUUAUUAAUCUAUAUUAUUAAUCUAUAUUAUUAAUCUAUAUUAUUAAUCUAUAUUAUUAAUCUAUAUUAUUAAUCUAUAUUAUUAAUCUCCGCCGCCAUAAAACUCCCCGCCUAACCCACCGGAGAUUAGUCGCCUCCUGCCGCGAAGCUAUUGCCCAUAGCCUCCUGCCCUUUCCCCUCACUCCUAAGCCCGAUAGUCUCCGGCCGUUUUCUUGUUGGAAUUUACGUUGUGGCCCCGUGGCAGACCACCAGAAAAGAAGGCAGAAAAAUGGCCGACGGGGGUGGGGGCGCAAGCUGGAGAGAAAAGUCCAAAAAAAGACAGCCAACGAAAGACCGCCCACCGAAAGGGCAAAGACCUUGGACCAAAGACACAUGGACCAAAGCCGAUCUUUGGACCAAGGGCGAUCGUUGGACCAAGGGCGAUGCUCGGACUAAAGGCGACCUUUGGACCAAAGACGACCUUUGGACCACAGGAGACCUUGGGACCUAAGACGACACUGGGACCAAAGGCGACACGGGGACCAAAGACGACCUUGAAACCAAAGACGACCUUGGGACCAAAGACGACCGCUGGACCAAAGUGCGGCGACCUCUGGACCAAAGUAGGGCGACCUUUGGACCACAGUAAGGCGACCUUUGGACCAAAGUAAGGCGACCUUUGGACCAAAGUAAGGCGACCUUUGGACCAAAGUAAGGCGACCUUUGGACCAAAGUAAGCCGACCCUUGGACCAAAGUAAGCCGACCCUUGGACCAAAGUGCGACGACCUCUGGACCAAAGUAAGGCGACCCUUCGACCUCUGGACCAAAGUAGGGCGACCUUUGGACCAAAGUAAGGCGACCUUUGGACCAAAGGCGACCGCUGGACCAAAAGCGACCUCUGGACCACAGACGACCUUUGGACCGAAGGCGACCUUUGGGCCACAGGCGACCUGUGGACCACCGGCGACCUCUGGACCAAAGACGACCUUUGGGCCCAAGACCUCCGACAAGACAAGAGUGAGACCCGCGACAGCAGACUGACAUCUGACGAACGACCUCCGCCAGAAAAGCUGACGCGAGGCCUCCCUGUGGCGCGAGACCCUUGAAGAUAGCGAAGACUUUUCGCGAAGGGCGUCAGUUCGGCGAACGCGGUCAGUCUGGCGAAGCACGUCAGUCCGACGAAGGAACAGAAUCAAUCUUACGAAGGAAAGACACCCGCAGCCCGAAGAAAGGCCCCGCUCAGCCUGUUCUGACGCAAGGCAGACGCCUGGCGAAGCAUUGCGCCAGCCUGGCGAGAGGCCUCACGCACCUGGCUGGCGAGUGCAUCAGCCUGACGAACGGCGCCGAGCUGAGGCAAGCCAUCAACCUGACCAAAGGCGCGAGUCUUGGCCCGGCGAGGAAUGUCAGCCAGGCGAAGCGCUUCAGCCUCGCGAGAGACGUCGCCCGACCCUGACGAAAAGCCUCAGCCUGACCCAAGACGCCUGCCGAGGGGCGCCGGCCUGCCCGACGAACGCCGCCAGCCUGGCGCAGAGCGUUGGUCUGACGAACGGCAUCAGCCUGAUGGAGGGCCUUAGUCUCCAGCUUAGUGAAAGACGUCAGCCAGCCGAGAGGCUUCAGCCACAGCCCGAAGCGCGACGCCGCACGGCCCCGCGAAGUGCGCCCGUCUGUUUCUGAUGAAAGACAUCCGACGAAACAAAGAGGCCCCGCCAGGUGUAAGCGCGUAGAGAGACCCAAGCAGCGCGGCCUUGCGUUGCUUUGUCUUGUUUGGCCCAUUAAGGUCGCCCCUCGUUCUUGCCUGGCGCCACCACGAGGCGCUUGCGUGCGUUGGGGCUUGCGGAUUCUUGUGCGUGUCUGGUGGCUCUCUUCUGGUUUUUUUGUUGGACUGCCGUGGGGGUCUUGCAAAUUCUUAAGAAUUUGCAUGACCCCCCCGGCAAUCUCAAAAAAAAACCGAAGGCAGCGCAAUGCCCUGCACAUGAGUCGACGCAUCUGAGUCGGCCACCGCCGGCACUCGGCUCUUGUCGUGCUUAGUCAAUUCGUAGGGUGCAACAGCUCACCCGCGGGCUGUCUCUACUCUAGCGGCUGUAGCCCGUGGGAGGCCGCAGGAAAGUGCUAAACUAACUUGAAGCCGGGCGAAGCUUGUGGAGGCUAGUAUUAUGGCAAUAAUAUAAUGCAUUUUCAUUCUUACAAUAUUAAGGCAGUAGUAGAAGAUAGGAGUAUACUUGAAGAUGAUGACUACCCUUCUCUCUACUUUUCUAUCUUCCUCUGGUCUUUCUUUUUUCUAGUUAGGUCUGCCCCACCAAAAAUUAUAUUAAGGCAAUAGUGCACGAGGUCUUGUUAAUCUUAGUCGACAAUACAUAAGCUUAAGCAUCUACUACAAUUCGGUUUCUUCCUUUUCAUGCUUACAAAAAAGCAAGGAUAGGAAAAGUCAACAAAGAAAGUUUGUGCUCGUCCUCCAGUAACGCGGUAUUUGGACCUCGAUCUUCACUCCUACUCUAAGAAUCUCUGGGCAUUCAUCUAUUCCCGAAGAUCAUGGUCAUCCUGAUGCUGGUACUACACCACCUCUACCAGUGAGGAGUACAGAUCUCACUCUGGAUUUCAUUUUAUGACAGGAAAAAGAGUACUCCUGCUCAAGAAAAGAGGCUGUUUCAUCCGACUUACAGAUGAAAGUCUUCCUAUUUUCUUGGCCUUUCAUACAUCUGCGGCAGCGGCAAAAUAGGCGAUUGGAGGAAACCUUUUGCGCGUCAAUCGCUUCUUGGGUACGCCUAUGGGUGGAGGGCUACGCAUCCGCAUGUCCAGGAAGAUGAGGAAUUAGUAGCCUCGAUUCUGGGAAGGAAACAUCGUGAAUUUUUCCAACAAGCAUGCUGUAUACCAGAACCGAUUGUAUUGCCAUUACGACGAGAAUGCGACAUCAUGUCCUCGUGCUCAGGAGUACACAUACACUACUACUGGUUUCAGUUUCACUUCUACUUAGCAUGAUCAAGUUAUAAAGUGAUUUAAUAUCACACUUUCACUUUCAUCACCACGAAAUCGAUUUUCUAAAGACGGCAUAAACAAGUGAAGUCUGUAUAGCAUUCAAAUUCGUAAGACAUUACCACUAGCACUACCUGUCUUCUAAUGCCUCCUCUUUCACCGAUGCCACCUCCCGUGUUGCCACUUAGCGCACCUCCAGUGGUCGGGGCACGAAGUGCGAUGCCCGCUUCGAUGGUUGCGUCAACCUCAACGACUCCACCUCCACCAGUCACGGCAAUAACAUCAACGUCCUCUUCUUCAUCGGCUCCUCCCGUUGUGUUGUCUGAUGGUAAUCUGCCUACUUCUUCCCCUUCAGUGGGCACGUCGGGUUCCGCAGCGGGUACGCCAACUACAACGAAAAAGAGUUCUGACUCGUGUUGUGCUGCUGGAUGAGCUAGGGCUGCACAUGUUGACGCAUGUUCACCAAUCUUCAUUGAAACAUGGAUGAACACAGACAUCACACGUCAUAAACACAAUCUUCAUUAAGGAGCUCCUCUUCACUUGGCUUGAUCUAGUGGGCAACAGACACCCUUUAAGAUGCUUUUUUUCCUCUACGGAAGAUGACAAAUCUUCUAAUCCGACUAUGUUGCUGUAUUGGAUGUAGAGAGGAGUAAGAUCACGCCACGUGUAAACUUUUCGGAUCCCAGCAGGAGCAGCACUCGGAUCACAUCUGAUAUUAGUACUACGGAGUAGAGAGAAGCUCUACUGAAGCAUUGAAUUUAGACGGUUCAUUCUUUUUCUUUCCCCAUAAGAUGAAGAUCAUCCAAAGAUCAAUCAGAC